AUGUUGUGACCUGUGAAACGGCUUAUUUACUGCUCCGUCACUGCUGAGGCAGAUGAUCAGGCAGCAAGAUUCCUCCUGAGCCUGGCCCGACCUACUAGCCAUGCCACGGCUGCUCCUUCACAGCAGCUUGUUUCAUUAGCAUUGCUGGACAGAGGACAUAAGAGGCAUAUCCUUUCCUUCUGGAGUUGAAGAGACAAAAAACUGAGAAGAUGACAUGGUACAUGUGGCGUCGCUCCAGGACAAUCUGUCUCUCCUUGGCCUUCGUGACCGUUUUCCUCCACCUCCUCCUGGCGCUCGUCACACUUUCCGUCCCUCACCUGCCUUGCGACGCCCCGCUGCCACCAGAGAUGCACUUCAGGGUUUUGGCGCGCAACGCCAACACCUCGGCGAGGGACGGAGGGCACGUGGAGCCACCAACAGACGCCCGUCUGGGCGAUUCUUCCAAUCAAGAUGGCAGAAGGGAAGCAAAAGUAAAUGUUCAUAGACUUCCUUACAAACGCUUGAUAUGGAAAGGAGACAGACAAGAGACGGAGAACAACACAGAGAGCAACGGCAACCAAACGGAACGCUGGGAGUCCGACAUGUUGAAGCUGAAGGCGCUGUUCGACCAUCCGCUCUACAACACGCCCAGGGCGGCUGUUGCAGAGGACGACUGGCUUCUGAAAAUGAAACCAAAGAUCAAACCGAGUCAGAGGAGCUCCCAGAUGUGGGAAAGCGACACUCAAGACUUGUAUGACAAUGUCCAGUGGAACAGCAGCGUCAGCAGCCAGCCUCCAUGGUUACGCUUUCAUCUGGGCAUCACACGCUGGGAGCUCUACCCACACCGCGACCCCAACAUGGAGCCUUUAACCCGGCAGCUCGCCACGCAUCACAUCGUCAGCGCAGUGCAGAAGUCCGGGGGGACGCAACUGAAGCUGGUGAUGUCGUUUGCCAACUACGGACAAGCUCUGUUCAAGCCCAAGAAGUGA